GUACGCAUUUGCUUUACACGGCGUUUGAACCGGGAAGGGUCAAGAAACAGGGCUUUGCAAUACUGCCUCUGGAUAGAAAGGCAUGUGCAGUCGCAGGGGGUUAUGGGUUCGAGGCCGGACAGCGAUAAGGACACAGGAGUAAGUGAUGGCGCUCGGUGUUGGACAGUAUACAGGAUAUACAAGACCCCUUUUUUUUCUCUUUUUUCUUCUUCUCAUAUCUUUGUUUCCUCUUGUUUUUUUGCGUAUUUUACUUUCGCAUUUUCGUCUCCGUACACAGUACUCAGUAGGACCCUCAACCCUCAACAGCUACGACGCCGAGACCGCAGCAACCCAAGAAGCGUGAAUGGUUUAGUGGUAAAAUUCUCCGUUGCCAUCGGGG